CCCUUCAACAAUUUAAAAAGUUAGGCGAUUAUUUAGGUUUACCAUUAAUCCCCUCUCCAUCAGGAGGUCGGCAAAUCCAACAUCGAAGAAUUAGAGGAAAGGAGGCCAUUAAUGGCUCUAAUCUUUACUAUUGCUCUAAAUCGACCAACUAUAACAAGGAAAGAUGUGGAGAACCACGGGGUAAAGGUCAAGGUGUAGUCCAUCCACUAAGUAAAGAUCGCUUACCAGAAUUAACCGAGGAAUUUUUGAAAAGAUGGAAGAAAUGGAAGAGAGAGCAAGACAAGAAGCCUCCUCGUAAAAGAAGAGGAUUUAGAUUUAUAACCCCUGAAACAAAAAAAGGGGCUUAUGCUAAAAUCUAUGCUCGAUUUGGUUUUCAUUUUACGAACCAACUACCCGAAAAAAAGCAAGACCGAUCUAUUGUUAGAGAUAGUCGCAAUGAUUUAACUGAUACUCGCUUAUCAAUUUUAGGAAUUAGACAAUUAUCCGAACAGAAGAAAAAACAAUUAUUAGUUCAGUUCUUAAAAAGUGAUGGCUCCUCUUUUAACUUUAAACUUUUGCAACUUUCUUUGGAUUUCCAUCUGCAAAGAUGGAAAUUUUUUGAAGAAGAUAAACUAAAACCAACUCAACCCCUCAAACUUCCAACCAUUCCCCAAAGAAAAGAAGAGUUGGAAAACGGAACUUACCAGCAAAUAAUUUUAACCGAUGAAAACGAGCAGGAUUAUUCAGUAUUAUUCAAUCCCGAGAGUAAGGGAAUAAAAGAAUAUUUUUUAGAUGAAAAUAUUGGCAAUCGCCCUAACAUUUAUCUCUUAAAGUCUGGUAAUAUCGGAAUUUGCCUUAAUUUUUAUGAAGUGGUUAUUGAAAUGGGAAAUAUUUACUAUUUAGGAUGUGAUUGUAAUGCUGAUUUACAAUUAUUUAGGGAAAGUUUAGUUGUGUUUGCUGAAAAUAAGGGGAUUAAAGUUAAGUUUUGUAAUGUGGGCUAUGUGGCUGCUUGUUGGGGUUCAGUAAAUAAGGAAUUAACCCAGUUAGGUUAUCGAAACCAAGAAGAGCAAAAACUAGGUCGAAAAUUAGAGGAGGAUGAGUGA